AGCCUGGGAAAGGAAACAUUUGAAAAAAAAACAUCUUUCUCGGCGCUCAGUCAGCAAGGAGCGAUGGGUAGAAACCUUGGUGGUUGCAGAUCCGAAAAUGAUAGAAUAUCACGGGAGUGAAAAUGUUGAAUCCUAUAUCUUCACAAUCAUGAACAUGGUUGCUGGAAUAUUUCAUGAUCCAAGCAUCGGGAAUGCUAUUCACAUUGUGGUCGUGAGGCUUAUUCUGCUAGAGAAGGAGGAGAAUGGUCUUAAGAUUGUCCACCAUGCAGACAACACCCUGUCAAGUUUUUGCAAAUGGCAAAGGAGCAUCAAUCCUAAAAACGACACUCAUCCAGCCCACCACGAUGUUGCAAUACUAAUAACCAGAACAGAUCUGUGUGCAGGAAUGAAUCAGCCAUGUGAGACUUUGGGUCUUUCUCAUCUUUCAGGGAUGUGUCAGCCCCAUAAGAGUUGCAACAUUAAUGAGGAUUCAGGACUCCCUGUUGCAUUCACGAUAUCACAUGAGCUUGGUCACAGCUUUGGUGUAUAUCACGAUGGCCAGGGAAAUGACUGUGACCCAGUUGCCAAGCAGUACUUCAUUAUGUCAAGACAACUUCAGUAUGACACAUCACCUCUGAAAUGGUCAAAAUGUAGCAAGGAGUACAUUACACGUUUUCUUGAUCGUGGAUGGGGCGCCUGUUUAGAUGAUCGUCCAUCAAAAAAGGACCUAACCAUCCCAAUUGUCGCCCCAGGAGUCCUCUAUGAUAUGCAUCACCAGUGCCAGCUACAAUAUGGCCCCAAUGCCACCUUUUGUGAUGAAGUUGAGAAUGUUUGUCAAACCCUUUGGUGCUCAGUGAGAGGAUCAUGUCGUUCAAAGUUGGAUUCAGCAGUAGAUGGGACCAGAUGCGGGGAAAACAAGUGGUGCAUUUCUGGAGAAUGCGUUGCAGUCGGUAAGCGAUCUGAUACUGUGAACGGCAAGUGGGGCGAGUGGAGCUCCUGGUCACACUGUACACGGACCUGUGGAAGUGGAAUUCAGAGCGCGGAGAGGUUGUGCAACAAUCCUAGCCCUCAGUUUGGUGGUAAAUACUGCACAGGUGAGCGCAGGCGAUACCGAAUUUGCAAUCCCAAAGACUGUGAAGAGGACAAACCAAGUUUCAGGGAAAUGCAGUGCAGUGAAUUUAACACUGUGCCAUACCGGAAUGAACUUCAUGAAUGGAUUCCUAUUUUUAAUAGUGAAUAUCCCUGUGAACUCCAUUGUCAGCCAAAGACUGGAAAAUUUUCUGAAAAAAUGCUGGAUGCUGUAAUUGAUGGGACUCCAUGUUUCACGGUCAACAAAAACAGAAACAUCUGCGUGAAUGGAGUUUGUAAGGCUGUAGGCUGUGACCAUGCAAUCGAUUCCAAUGCUGUUGAGGAUCAGUGUGGCGUCUGCCUUGGAGAUGGAUCUACUUGUCAGACUGUGAAGAAGUUGUUUGACCAGAAGGAAGGCACAGGGUAUGUUGAUGUUGCCUUCAUCCCAAAAGGUGCAAGACAUAUAACUGUUAGGGAAAUUGGAGAAGCAGGAAACUUUCUGGCAAUGCGUGGAGUAGACCAAGAAGUGUAUCACCUGAAUGGACAUUUCAUUAUUCAGUGGAAUGGAGAAUACAAGAUGGCUGGAACUUCUUUUCUUUAUGAGCGAAAUGGAGACCUGGAGAAUCUGACAUCACCUGGACCAGUAAACGAACCAGUAUAUAUACAGCUUCUUUUUCAAGAGCAAAACCCAGGAGUGGAAUAUGAAUACACUAUCAAAAAGACCAAUGGAAAUGAAAUUGUGGAACCAGAAUACAUUUGGAAGCUUGGUGCAUGGACGGACUGCUCUGCCACUUGUGGAACAGGAGUUCAACACCAACCUGCAAGAUGCAUAGAGAAGGGAAAUGGAGUAGUGGAAGAAAGUUAUUGCAAUCCCCAGCUACGACCAGAAGACAAGCAAAAGAAGUGUAAAAAUCAAGACUGUCCUGCAAGAUGGUGGGUUGGUGAAUGGCAGGCAUGUUCAGCCACUUGUGGCCAAACGGGUCUCAAAAAACGUACUGUUUUAUGCAUUCGAACUGUGGAGGAAGAAGAACAGACUCUACCCUUUUCAGAAUGCAGACAUCUUCUAAAGCCAAAGUUCCAGGUUCCUUGCAAUAGAGAUGUGCUCUGUGGUCCAAAAUGGAUUGUGGGUAAUUGGAGUGAGUGUUCAGUCUCAUGUGGUGGAGGAGUUAGAACAAGGAGGAUUAUCUGUGUGGGAGCUCCCAAAGGGGCCUGUGAUACGGCUAAGAAGCCAUAUUCCAAAUCUCUCUGUGGGCUUCAAAGCUGUCCUUUCCAUAAAAAGGAGUUGCAUUCACAGUACCCAAAGAUCAGACGAUUGUUUAAUCCAUCCAAAAAAGUAACUGGUGGUCCUGUGCGGAAUAUGCCUUUGCCCAAAAGAAUAAAGAAUGUGACAGUUCCACCAACUUAUUCACAGACAUUUUGGACAACUGUUUCACCAAGUACACUGGUAACUCUGUCAAGCACAACUUCCAUUGUGGAAGAAGACAAGAAUAAUGACUAUUACAAUGAACACUUAAUCCCAGUAAAUAAUUCAAAAAAAUCUUUAUCAAAUGACUACAAAACAAGUAAGGAAAAUGUAAAAGAUGACUUCCUUUUAGGUGAAGAACAUGGGAGCACUCCAGAUGUUCAAGCUGAUCCCAUUAUUAAAAAAAAUAUAAGGCUUACUACAGGAUAUGACUAUUUGACUGAUGACUCCACACCAGUGUCUGAAGAAAUUUCAGAGUUUCCCACAGAAAAGACUAACACUUUUGCAAUUAAUCCCACGUCAACCGAUUCAACUUUGCCUUCAAUGAGCAACCGUUCUUCCAGUUUCAAAUCUAAAGUGAAUCACCCAACGGAGAGACCCGUCCUUAAGGAGAAUGACAGCUGGCACUUUUAUACGAAUACAGAAACACCUAAAACUACACAGUUAGUUCACCCGGACAGUGAUCUACCUGUCUUUAGGAAAAAUGUUAACCCCUACAAUAUAACAACAGAAUUUCCAAAAGUUGACAUCUUCAAAUUAAAUCUCAAGAAGACUGUAAACCGGGGUUCAAAUACUUAUACUACAGAAAUGCCAGGGAGCUAUGGUCCUGAUCAAGAAAAUUCUUUUAACGCCACACAAGACUAUGAAUACUUAUCUAACAGUCCUCAUUCUAACAAUGCUGUGCAUUGGUUAACAGGGAACUGGAGUCAGUGCUCAACAACCUGUGGACUUGGAGCCAUUUGGAGAAAAGUUGAGUGCAGUACUGGCAAAGAAACCGACUGUAAAAAUAUCAAACGGCCUGAUCCUGCCAGAAGAUGUCAUCUUCAGUUAUGCACAAUCUGGAAGAAUGAGAACUGGAGCAAGUGUUCUGAAGCAUGCAGUGGCGGCACAAAAAUCCGUGAAGUACAGUGCAUUGAUGCGCAGUCAAAACGACACCUUCGACCAUUUCACUGCCAGGCUCUUGGAAUGAAGCCCCCUACAGUGCUGUCCUGCAAUAGUGAAGCAUGUUUGGAGUGGUACCAGACACCUUGGAGUGUGUGUUCAAAGACCUGUGGUGUCGGCUUUCAGGAAAGACUUGUUUAUUGUCCUCAGUAUAAUCGGUGCAAUGUCAAACAACGGCCAAACAGCACAGAGCCUUGUAAUGAACAGCCUUGUACGCGGUGGAUCAUGGAUUCGUGGAAAGAGUGUUCUGUCUCUUGUGGUGGCGGCGUAGAACGCAGAGAUGUGAUGUGCAUUGAUGAAGAAACUAACAAAGCAGUAGAUAACAGCCUUUGUGACAAUGCAACAAAACCUAAUGAACUCCAGGACUGCAAUCUUCAGAAAUGUGAAAAACAUGCAAAUGCCUCCUGCCGGAAAGACAGCAUGUCACCCAAAUUUUGUGAGAAACUCAAACUGCUGGGAAGAUGUUCUUUGACAAGCAUUCAAAAACAAUGUUGCAUGACUUGCUUCGGAUAAUCCCAAUGACAGUGAAGUGCACAAAAAAAGAAAGAAAAACAUGGAAGUCAAUCUCAACUACUACUUUUUGAAGAAACUUUUACUAUUUCAUAAAAGGACUUGAAUUUCAGUCUGGGCACUGAAGGCUUUACCUCUUUUCACUAUAAGGUUUCUAUUUUUUACAAGUUUCUAAUUUUGGCUUAUGCACACUGUUACAAUAUUAUGGUUUGAAUUCAACCUGGCUCAUUCCCUUUUCAUAAUUAACAGAUAAGCAAUCGAGUACAAUUCACCCAUAGAUCUUUUUCUUAGCCCCUUAAGUAAAUACACUUUUAAGUAGCAUAAUGAGGAUAAUAUGCUGUUUUCCAGCUGGAAUCUAUAAUAUAUGCCUGUUUAAAGUUCAACUGUGUUUAUCAACUAAAAAAAAAUCUUCAGAGACAUAUCCCUAGAAAUAGUGCAAUUUAAAAACCAAAGAAAACUAAACCUUAUUUAAAAUGUAUGAUCCGUCCAUCUGCUAUCAAACCCACUUAAUCCCAAAAUGUGCAUAUUAUAUAGCGUGAUCCUAAGACGUGAAGGACAUGAAAAAGUGUUAGGGUCCCAAAGAGAGAACCACAUUUAAUUAAAGCUGCAGGUAAAGGAUUUGGUGGAUGCCAUAGCACACCACAAACAAUGCAGUAUUUUGAAUCAUCAAAAUGUUCUUCAGGCACCUCCAGGGUGUAUGUGGAGGACUUUUUAUAAAGAUGUUACAAUGGAUGUGGAUGAAAAUUGAAAUAAGGCAGAGGCGUACUGGGAAUUAAUUGCCUUGUUUUGGGUCAAUGCCAUUGGUGUGGGAGGAAGUAGACAGACGUGUAACUAAUGUGCUUUCUCUUGACAUCUCAUCA